AUGUGUGAAAUAAUGGGUAUUAGUAGAUGUAAUAGAAGCUCGAUUAUAUUAAAAAGAGCAAUCUCAAAAGUUAAUAUUACAGAUGAACAAAAUCUUUUACCAGACAGCGACAGGAGUAGCGUUGGCAGUCCCGAGCCGGCGACCACAAUUGGCUCGCUCCAUGAGCAUCAGAUGAUGAUGGAUGACCUGAGGAACGCGCGGAAGAGGCGACGCAGCCCGUCACCUGAAAAUCUUCACCAGGCGAAACGGGCUGCAGUGGCGCAGGCACAUCUUAAUGGGACAAUGGCCGGGAUGGUAACUUUGCAAAGCCUUCAGAAUCUGGCGAGCCUGCAAAACCUUCCGCAAGUCGCCUCACUAGCCGCGGGUCUCCAGGGAAUGACAACGGGGCUGAGUAACAAUCAGCUCAUCAACACGCCCUUGAAUCUCACUGUCAGCUCAUCCGGUGGCACAGUACCAACAGCCUCGAGUACGACAGCUGCGCCACACCUCCUGCCACCAAGUUCGGCGCCAAUGGCGACAUUACCUCAACUAUUAUCUCAGCCGCAACCGGUCGCAAUGCCUCAAUUCGUCCUAACGUCCGGUCAAUUGGUGCAAGGCAUUCAAGGGGCUCAGCUUAUUAUCCCUACGUCGCAAGGAAUCGCCUCGCAGACUAUACUGACCAUCCCAGUUAGCCAUGUGACGAACAAUCAGAUGGUGAACCUGGCGCUGAGCAACGGUCAGGUGGUUUCCACGACCCUGGCCAAUCUUCAGUCGAUCGCCCAGCCUCAGAACAUACUGAACACGCCGACUAGCAACGGUGACUUCACAGUUCCAACAAGUCCCAGUUUAGCGUCCGGUCUAGGACUGAAUCCAGCCGCGUUGCCCCACCUUCUGGGCAAUAGCUCGGCCAGCCAGCAGCUUCUGAGCGCGAUGCAGCCGCAGCAGCUACUCCAGGUGGCGCAGGCCGCCCAGGCACAGGCGGCACAGGCUGCACAGGCGGUUCAGGCCGCCCAAGCCUCUCAGCAACCGCUUCUGACGACGUCGCCUCAGCAACACAGCCAUCGACACAGCUCUCACAUGAAUCAUUACACGCCGACGGAGAAGCAUCACAGAGAGAGACCCGAGCAAUCGUCGCCUUUGAACGAGUCCGUGGUAUCCGCGGCCUCAGCUUUGAACCGACUCGCGGCAAGCAACGGGGAGAUCACGAUCACGACGACCCAUGGACCAAGCGGAGCCAGCGGCGUCAAGGCCUCGCCGAGCAGCAUGCACAGUCCCAAAACGGAGGACGACGAUCUGCUGAACGAUUCACCUAAUCAGCCUACCAUCAACGAGGCCACGAACAACAUAGUGGACGGGAUCAAUCUGGAGGAGAUGAGAGAGUUCUCGAAGGUGUUUAAGAUUCGUAGACUGUCGCUGGGUCUGACGCAGACCCAGGUGGGUCAGGCCCUUAGCGCGCAGGAAGGGCCAGCUUACAGCCAAAGCGCCAUAUGCAGUGCCCUGGCUUCCCAGAUGUACGCUGCCUCGCAGAUUGCCUCUCAGCAAGCUACAUUCGAAAAGUUGGACAUCACGCCAAAGAGCGCGCAGAAAAUAAAGCCGGUCCUCGAGGCGUGGAUGAAAGAGGCUGAAAAGAGGUACAAGAGCGGGGUGAAUCACCUGACGGACUUCAUCGGGGUGGAGCCGACCAAGAAGCGGAAGCGGCGGACUUCGUUUACGCCUCAGGCGUUGGAGGUACUGACCGCUCAUUUCGGGAGGAAUACUCAUCCGAAUGGUAACGAAAUCAGCACGUUGGCGCACAGUCUCGGAUACGAGAGGGAGGUGAUCAGGAUUUGGUUCUGCAACAGGAGGCAAGCCCUGAAGAACACGGUGAGAUCGAUGACGAAGACUGUCGUAUAA